UUAUUUACUCCAACCAGCAUUUAUCACAAGACAUCUAGUUUCACCUUUCGUUUAUGAACACGAAGCACACAGCAUUAUCUCCAAAUUUCCAGUCGCUUUGGCGUCAAAUCAGUUUACCCAUUGAAAAUAAGUUUCACCGGCUAAGCAAAUCAAUAAUUGAUUGCUUAUUCAUUUGAAUCAUAGUGGAUUAGAAAUAAGAACGUGAAGAAAAAGGGCAGAACAAUGAUUUCAGGCUUGACCAUUGGAAGCUGCUUUCGGCCAAAAGUUGUGAAUGUGUAUAGAAAGCACCAGUUUCAAGGUUUGAAUAGGGACAGUUCACGCAUUGGGAGAAAGUGGCCUUGUCAAAAGAAAAAGGUUACCUGUAGCAUUUCUAAUCAAGAGAAUGAAUCUUCAAACCUUGAACAUCAUAGAAAGGACAAGGUUCUUGUUAAGAUGUGCGGUAUUGCAUCAGCGAAAGAUGCCGCUUUGGCAGCAGAAUCUGGUGCUGAUUUCAUUGGGAUGAUUAUUUGGCCAAACUCAAAGCGUUCUGUUUCAUUCUCAGUUGCCAAGGAGAUAUCCAGAAUUGCAAGACAAAAUGGUGCACAGCCUGUCGGAGUGUUUGUCGAUGACGAUGUUGAAACAAUAUCUCGAGCUGCUUAUACAUGUGACCUUGAAUUUGUGCAGCUUCAUGGAGAUGAAUCACGGGAAGCAAUGCCCCUUCUAGUUAAAGAUCAUAGAAUUAUUUAUGUUCUGAAUGCAAAUGAAGAUGGAAGCCUUCUAAAUGAGAUCUCUAUUGAGGACUGUUCUUUAGUAGAUUGGGUUCUUGUUGACAGUGCAAAAGGUGGCAGUGGGAAGGGAUUCAAUUGGGCCCAGUUUGAGGUACCAAUAAUUAGAAGUAAACAAGGUUGGCUCUUGGCUGGAGGGAUCAAUCCAGCGAAUGUGUCUCAAGCCCUAUCCCUUCUGAACCCUCAAGGCGUUGAUGUUAGCAGUGGAAUUUGUGGCUCAGAUGGGAUUCAGAAGGAUCUUACUCGAAUCAACUCAUUUCUUAAGGCUGUUCAUUCAGUGAAGUAUUGAUCAACAAAGUUGAGUAUCCGAUUUUCUUAAUAAUCACUUUGUUAAUUUUCUGCUUCUGCUUUGAGUUUAGUUCAUGAAAUUGUGGGAUUUACUGAAUGUUUUGGAACAAUUUAAAAAUAAAUGACUCAUCCCAUGUAAUGUAACACCAUUGUGAUUGGUGUUACAGCAUCCAUCUAUUUUCACUAAUAGUUAUUAAACAGAAUUCAAGCAAAA